GCUUCGGAGCCGGAGCUGCGUCCUUGCUCUCGCCGCCUGGUUCGUGCGCGGCUGCCCGAGCGUUCACAGCCUUUUUCUCAGUGACUUCUGGUUUUCUGCCCUGGCCACUCUGCCAGCUGCUACCAGCGCAGCACACUGGGCCACACAGACUCCCGCUGGGUGUGAUGGGCGUGCAGCUGCGGCAGCGGGCCCCGGAGCUUCAGGACACUGGUGAAGAGAUGGCGUUUGUGAAGAGCGGGUGGUUGCUGCGACAGAGUACUAUUUUGAAGCGCUGGAAGAAGAAUUGGUUUGACCUGUGGUUAGAUGGUCACCUGAUCUAUUAUGAUGACCAGACUCGACAGAGUAUUGAGGAUAAGGUCCACAUGCCAGUAGACUGCAUCAACAUCCGUGUGGGGCACGAAUGUCGGGAUAUUCAGCCUCCAGAUGGGAAGUCAAAAGACUGUAUGCUGCAGAUUGUUUGCCGAGAUGGGAAAACUAUCAGUCUUUGUGCAGAAAGCACAGAUGAUUGUUUGGCCUGGAAAUUUACACUCCAGGAUUCCAGGACAAACACAGCGUACGUGGGCUCCGCAGUCAUGACUGACGAGACGGCGGUGGUUUCUUCCCCUCCUCCAUACACGGCAUAUGCCACACCAACCCCUGAGGCAUAUGGCUAUGGUCCAUACGGUGGUGCGUACCCAGCAGGAACUCAAGUUGUGUAUGCCGCGAAUGGGCAGGCGUUUGCUGUGCCCUACCAGUACCCCUAUGCAGGACUUUAUGGACAGCAGCCUACCAACCAAGUCAUCAUUCGUGAGCGGUACCGAGACAGCGACAGUGAUUUGGCGCUGGGCAUGCUGGCCGGAGCAGCCACGGGCAUGGCCCUCGGGUCUCUGUUCUGGGUCUUCUAGAGGCCCCGAGAUCUUGAUGUGCAUAGCGAUACCCUGUGUGCAAUAAUAGUACGAUCUGCAGGGCAUUUCUGUUCGUGGCAAAUGUUUCUAAUAAUAGUUUUAAUAGUUCUUUUGAAAGUAGUGACGUCAUAAUUGUAACUAGUCCAUGUAAGUAUCACAGAGGAGGACUACACCGUUUAGCUAAAACAUGACUCUUUGGGGGCAUUAGCUCAUUCUAAGACUUUCCUAAUGGAACUCUUGGAAUAUCUUAUUUGAACAUACCUGUUUUGAGAGGCAUUUUCUUUUUAGCUUGUAGUGCUUAAGGGAUAAUUUAUGUUUGUGUUGUGCCAGUAAUCUAGUGAUUCGUGGGUAAAUGAGUGAUCGUGGCAAGAAAAACAGCUUUUCAUUUAACUUCAGACCUUCAAACCUCAGGCCAGAACUGGCUGCAUGUCACCUUAGGAGCGGUGGGCUGGUUAGCUCCCGGCAGCUUCCUGAGGCAAUGAUGUGAGAGCCCCAGACCCACCCUCUGGGCUCUGCAGGCCCCAGCAAGGCUGACGCUCAGGCUGACAGGGAGGGGAUAGCCCCUCAGGGAAAGGAUGCUUCAGAAACCUACCUAACCCUAGCGCUUAUUCUUGUGUUAUUUUUGUAUGUUUUUGGUAGCGAUAAUUGGAAAGCAUCCCAAGUUAGGAAUUGAUUUGUGCCUCAAAGUUUUAGGGCUUUAUCCUUUAAAACUUGAAGAAGGCAGAACAAUAACAAACAAGUGUGUGGAGGUAGAUUUGCUUUAUUCAGAGACGUGGUUUUAGGUCUGUUUUGGGUUUUUUCCCCGCUGCCUAAGGCUACUACUCAUAGCCGAUUUUUCUACGUGUGAGAGAGUGAUGUUAAAGGAAUGGUGAGGGAGAUGGCGGGAGGGCCGUGGUGAGAAUGUUCCUAUUCCAGGCCUUCUGGGACUUCUAGGUGGAGGAUGCUCUUCUGUCCCACUGAAGGACUGUCCUGUGCCAGAGUGUGGCCCUGUGGCUGGGACGAACCAUAGCAAGAAGACUCAGGUUGUAGGGAAAUGAGGCCCAGGGACCCUAGGGACAUGAGGGACUCGCUUAGAGCAUCCCUCAGCUUGGCUGGGACCCCAGCUGUGUUGUUCCUGACCCACAUGUGAUAGAGAAGCUUAGAGCAUUCGCUUUUGAGCCCCAAGAUGUGUGUAUCUCUGGAAAGUCCAUAGUCUUGCCUUUCUGUCGAAUAUUCUCAUUUCCAGUAUUAGGAAAUUCCAAAAUUAUGAAGUAUGUAUUUCAAGUAUUCACAUUUCUGUCAUUUCACAUUUCAAAGCUCCUAAAGACUCCGGUUUUCUGUCCUGCAUGCUGUGAGCAGUGUACUUUUGCAAGGGCAGUUUAGCACCGUGAAUGUGUCUCCUCAUGUUCCAUGUGGGCCCAUUUUUCCCAAAAUACGCUCCAGGUGGCACCGACUCUGCUUUGUUUUGCCUGGCUGGUUACGUGAUUCUCUUGCUGUACUGCCCAGUCGGCUCCGUCUCUGAGCACUCACACGGAUCUCCAUGUGAAACCGGAUGCCAGACGAACUAUGUGGUGACCCCAGGUCUGUGUUCUCUCCAGUCGUAGGGGUCUUGUUGACUUGGGAGUGUCUGUCUCCACCUGGAAGGAAUGUUUUUACCUGUUAUCCCCGGAUAGAAGCAGUGUGUGACAACACCAGUGUCCGUGGUUUAACGUGCUGUUUUGAGGAUUUUACAUCCUGUGUAAUGAGAAUGGCUUGUUCAGAUUGUAACCGUGGCCAAAGCUGUACGCUCUACUUCCAACCUACUAGCAGUUUUCAUGUUGCAUCAAGUGUUAAUUUUGAGCUUGGAGUUACCGGGUGGGAGUCACGGGAACCAAAGGAUGUGUAGUUAACGUGCACUCGAAGCAGAUGUCUGCCUGUGCUCUCCUGGUGAAGAGGAGAGGUACGGAUGGAAGCUUGGGUGCCUGUGUGUCCCCGUCCCCGUCCCCUGUGGGGCCAGCCUCGGUAACGGAGGCAGUCACAGUGGGGCCUGGAAGUUCCCUGUGAGCAGCGACGUGGGCCUGGUGGGACAUGCACACUGGGGGUGCGGGUGGGCUCAGAUCGUUUCCUCGCCACAGCUCCCAUAGAUGCCAACCUUCCGAUUGCCUCCGUUUCUCAGCACCGUCCUUUGUUAAGUGCGUGAGUUGGAAGACAUUUCUUGUUCAUGUCUGAGUAAGCGGUUACUUCCACGUGUAUUUUUAAAUAAUGAUCCGUACUUGGGAGAAGUUGGCCACUGACGUUGUACACAGAGCUGAUGUGAUCUUUUAAUCCCUUGAGUUGACUUCACAGUUUUGGGGACUAAAGAGAAGAGGGAGACCUAUGGUUAAUGUCUCAGAUUGUCAUUCAGAAACAAGAUUAGACCUUGUUCUAGGCCAUCCAGGACUAGGGUCGCCAUCUGGAUCACGAGAAGAAGGUCCUGCAGUUGAGGCCCAAGUGUAUUGUCCACAUCAAGUGUUGGUCCUGUGUAAUCUUUCUUUUUCCUUCCCCAGUUUGUGUAGACAUAAGGCAUGGAAUCUCUUUCCAGAGAUGAUCUUGUUUGUAAUUGCUUCCCCAUUGCUAGUGUUACGUUGUGUCUACAGAACCUAUUUUCCCCUCCUGUAUGUGCAAAUUGUACAUUUAUAAGUGAAAAUG